AUGGCAAAGAAAAAGUCUUCGAAGCAGAGGAAAAACCGCCUGAAGCAACAGGCUAAGGAAUCACAAGGUAAACACGAUUCUGGGCCCAGCUCGAGACCAGUAUCGCCUUCUGAAAGAAACUCAUACAACGAUCCCCACGCACUCAGUGCGAUGCACAUGAAUUCUUCGGCCAGGGAUCGCCGGAGAAGCGAAUAUGAAAACAGUACCAGAAGAAGCAGUUUUGCACCUCUCACGGACAGAAACUUGCAAACCCUUCUAGAGCAGAACAACGCUCUGAAUCAGGCUCACAGAUUUGGGUCUGUGGCGCUUGACAUGGACAGAUUUGCUAGAACUCAGGAGUUUGGUACUCAAGACCAUCCUGAGACAUUCAGCGACCGUAGUCCUGGUUCAGGUGCGCUGCUUGAGUUUGGCGAGUCCAACCCUCCUUCUGAACAUUCCAGCGACUCCACUUCGUUGGAUGACGUUUGUUACCUCGACUACUAUGACGACGAAGGAGAUGCUGGGAAGUCUCAAAAAUGGCCUGACCUAGAAGUCCUCGAGGACUUCGUGAAGGAGGAGCUCGAUGAAUUGCAAGAUGAGGAUUCGGAAACUAACGAGGUUAAUUUCAGAUACCCAUUGGCCAGACACGUCUCUCAACAGCAGACUGAGUCUGCCGAUGACGACGGGGAAGAGGACGCGCCUCUUUUGAACCUGGUGCAAAUUAACGAGGUGGACAACUGGGACCUGAAGACCAGCUCCAUCAAGGCCAGACCAAAGGCACUCCAGCCAUGGGAAGCUUCCCAGCUGAAAAUUCAUACUAUCCUCAACAAUGGCAAGUCGAAACCUGACACCUUGUGCAGAUUCACAUACUUCAGGGAUGAUUUGGACAAGACACUCCACUCUCCUACCCUUGCAGGGCUUAUCACUGACAAUGAAAAAUUGGACUACUCAGAUGAUAGUGCCAUCAGGAACUCCCUCAGGGAGCUCUUCGACCCUCACUUUGCUCUUGCUGCUCACAGACUGCCUCGUGGAGCUACACCAAACGCAGAAGGCAACCCAGAUUCUUCAAACGGCAGGGAAGCUCAUCACACCAGGCAUGGAUCGGUUCCACCAUCCGUUAGCCGCACUUCUGCUGCAAAUCAAAAUGCCAAGGGCAGCCUUCCACACUCAGGUGCCUCACAUGCUUCGCUUGCAAAUCAAGCUCAUGUAGCAGCCUCAGUGAAUUCCCUUUCCACAUCUCCAGUUUCCCAUCACGAUCCUUUUUGGCUUGACAUCCUUGACCCUCUGGAAGAGGAGAUGAAAGUCAUUUCGAAAACAUUCGGUUUGCAUCCCUUGACUACAGAGGAUAUCUUCAUGGACGAAGCCAGAGAAAAGGUCGAGAUGUUCAACCUGUACUACUUCCUUUGCUUCACCUCCUUCGACAUUGUCUACGAGCGCAGGAAGCAAAAGGAGAAAGAGCACGAAAAGAAGAUCAACAAGCUUAUGGAAUAUAACAAUCAGCCCAACAAGUUUAGCGCUGAAUGGUUUAAAAAUCUAUUCGGAAAAAAGGACGACGGAGUGAUCCGCUCAAACGCUAAGAAGUCCGGCUCCUCUUCCAACAAAUCCAAAUCAAAAAGAAUCAGAAAUGGAGAGUUAUGCCCAUUGAAUAUGUAUAUGAUUGUUUUCAAACAUGGUGUCUUGACAUUCCAUUUCAGCGCCACUCCACAUCCUAUAAAUGUCCGUCGCCGUGCUCGUAUGCUCAAAGAUCACUUGACUGUCUCACCAGAUUGGAUUUGUUAUGCAUUGAUCGAUGACAUUACAGACUCCUUCGCACCUAUGAUAGAUAGCAUUGAGUCUGAAGUAUAUCUUAUCGAGGAUGAGAUCAUGAGGAUGCACUCUGGAGACAGAGAGUCGACUGACGAAAGUGAUGACUCUGAUGAAGAGCCUUUUGACGAAUUUUACGAACAGCGUCCUCGCUACUCUGGCGGCGACGAUGUUUUCGUGCGCCGUCACAGAUCCAAGUCAGUUGUGGAAAAUCCCGAGCCAUCCAAACUCGAUUUCUUGCGUUUGAGAAAGCGUAACUCCAAGCCUGACUACAUUUCGCUUAACUCAAGAAGAAGCGGUCGGUCGAGAACUUCAACCACUACGAGUACUGAAUCUUCAAGAAUCGUCGCUUGGAAGCGUAAGGGUGAUAUGUUGAGGCGGAUUGGUGAGUGCAGAAAGAGGGUCAUGUCUGUGAUGAGACUUCUAAGCACAAAGGCCGAUGUCAUCAAAGGCUACUCCAAACGUUUUAGUGAGAGUGACGUGGUUAAACCAAUUGAGGAAAACCCCUUCUUAAACACGAGGUCUGCCUCUAAGCAGGAGAUCUUGAUGUAUUUGGGAGACAUCCAGGACCACAUUGUCACAAUGGUUCAGUCUCUCAACCACUACGAAAAGCUUUUGGCACGUUCACACUCCAACUACUUGGCUCAAAUCAAUAUCGACAUGACCAAGGUCAACAAUGACACAAACGAUGUUUUAGGGAAGAUUACUGUGAUUGGUACGAUUGUCUUGCCUGUGAACGUUGUAACGGGUUUGUGGGGUAUGAACUGUAUCGUUCCUGGUCAGGAUGCACCCGGCCUUACUUGGUUCUGGGGCAUUUUGUUUGGCAUCUUCCUUUUCAGCAUCUCGUCCUAUCUUUAUGCAAAGAAGGUCUACAAUCUUUGA